AUGUCCUCCAACGAUCGUCGUAUCCGGAAUCUGAAGCUGCGACAGCGUAGCAUUUAUUCAUCGUUUGCUCUCAUCAAGGCCUUCGUAGAAAACUACGAUGCAAAUACGGAUGCUACGGAAGUUCCUGUUCGCCUGGAAAGUCUUGUGGUGCUCUGGAACGAUUACAAUAAGGUGCAGUCCGAAUUGGAAUCCUUAGACGAAACAACGAUCGAAGAGCUGCUUAAGCAACGUACUGAAAUGGAGUUAAGCUAUCACAAAGUUAAAGGUUUCUUGCUCUCAGUGAACAACCCACCCCCCACAUCACUGGCAAACUCUAGAGGUGCUCAUGUCCACGCCUCGACUCUACAAGUUCGAUUACCUGAUGUGAAACUACCGGUUUUCAAUGGAAAUCUAGAGCACUGGCUUAACUUCCACGAUCUCUACCUAUCGCUAGUCCACUCUUCACAAGAACUAUCUAGCAUUCAGAAGUUCUACUAUCUCCGUUCGUCACUUUCCGGAGAUGCUCUCAAAUUGAUUCAACCCAUCCCCAUAAGUGCUACUAACUACACUGUAGCAUGGAAUCUUCUGGUUGAACAUUUUCAAAAUACUACUCGUUUGAAAUCCUCGUAUGUUGAUGCACUCUUCGAGUUUCCCACUGUCAAAAGAGAAUCAGCGAACGAAUUGCACUCUCUCGUCGAAAGAUUCGAAGCUAAUGUUCGUAUACUACAACAAUUGGGAGAACAAACGGAAGCAUGGGACAUUCUUCUGAUACGCAUGUUGAGCAGUCGUUUGGAUUCUACAACACGAAGAGAUUGGGAGGAAUACUCGUCUACUCUCCAGAACGUUACAUUCAAGCAACUAACCGCCUUCAUUCAGAGAAGAGUCAACGUACUGCACAGUAUCAACCACAAGGUUCAGGAGUUCACUAUGUCAUCGUCAGCAAAGAAACCCAUCGUCGCACGUCCGAUUGCAAGUCAUGGAGCAUCUCAAUAUAAUCCCAGAAAAUGCAUUUUAUGUUCCGAGCAUCAUCCACUGUACAUGUGUUCGACAUUUUCGAAAAUGAGCAUAGAAGACAAGGAGAAGGAAAUUCGUCGUCACCAACUCUGUAGAAACUGUUUGCGUAGAGGUCACCUGAGCAGAGAAUGUCCGUCCAACAACACCUGUCGUCGUUGCAAAGCCCGCCAUCAUACUCAAUUGUGCGAUAAGGAAUCGUCAAAUUCGUCAACUCUGAGGGCGUGUGAGGUCCCACCGACCAGAACAACUACUUCUCAAGCUUCAAAUGAGCAACCUUCAACUUCCGCUUCCGCAACGUACAGUCAACCGGCAAGCUAUUCCUCUACGGGACGCAAGCACGUGCGCGUCAUUUUAGCCACAGCAAUUGUUCAUGUGAUUGACGAUAAUGGUACCUCUCACGUUGCUAGAGCUUUUCUGGCUUCUGGAAGCGAAUGCUGUUUCGCCUCGGAGUCAUUUCCUCAACGUCUAAAGGUGCAACGCAAGAAGGUGUCCAUAGUCCAUCCCGAUCGCUGGUAUCGGCCAAUCGACAACGCAAGCCAAGCACAAAUUCUCGUCUACCAUACGGUCUCGAAUCAGUAA